CAUGUAACUUGUCUUAAAUUUGAUAGUUCCGAAAAGUACUACCAACUGGUUUAUGUAUUGGUAUGGUAUUUUGUAUGGUUUAUGUAUUGGUUUACGUAUCCUUAAUGUAUCCUUCUGUUUGUUGUUCUGUCAACAGUGUUUGUACACAACCAACUUCAUGUGGUUGCCUGUGUUGGUAAACAAACACAAUGGGUUGCUUUGCAAGUGGCAAUUGGGAGAAAUGGGUUUUUGAGAAAUGUCAAAUUUGAGACAAGUUACGCGACCGACCAUACUAACAGAAAUUUGUGUUAAUGUGAAAGUCCCUCUUUUGCACAUACCAACUCUAACUCCAUAGAUUCUACGUCAGAAAAUUUGUACUUUUGCAGUGAAAAGAUUACGUGAUAUUUGGACAAUUUCUGCAACAUUUGAAAGCUUCUUAAAUUGAACAACUUCUAUUGCUAGUUCUGAAACGACACUGAUCUAUAGAACUGUUUCGUCAGUGGCGGAUGCAAGGAGGGGGGGGGGGGGAAUGGGAAAAAUUUACAAAAUAUCAGCGAAGGCAGUAUGUUAUUUUGUGUGAUGCAAGGUGGGCAGUUAGAGCUCCUGCAAUUUCAACUGUGUGAGAAGCCGCAUCGUUUACUGCUACUAUUUUGUCGGUACAUAUGUAAGUGUGUUCGUGUCAAUAGUAACGUUUUUUUUUAAUAAAUCUUUUCAAAUAUUAUUUUUUUGUUCAAUUUUUCUUUCUGCCCCCCCCCCCCCCCCCCACCCCAAAAUAAAUUUUCUUGUAUCCGCCACUGAGUUUUGUAUAUUUCCCAUUGCAAAUCAUCCUCAGUGGACUUGUGCGGCUCUUCCUCCCGCCUAGCUCUGGGAUAUUGCUUGCUGUGACGUGCCACGAGAUAACGGCAGGUUUCACACGGCGAUGGGGGGUAUAAGAAGGCCCGACUCGUCGAAGUGGGGCAUGUUUAUUCAAGGUGACUGCUGGGAACGACAGACACCAUGAACGCCAUCAUCCUGCUGGCCCUUGUGGCGAGUGCCUUUGCUCUCCCGCAAACUCAACGGGACUUGAGCAAGAUCAUCCGCAGAGACAUCUACCCCGAGAAUUUCGUCAAACCAGAAAUACCACACAACUUGACCGUGGGGUCUCGCAUCGUGGGAGGUGAGGAGGCCACCCAGCACGCGUUCCCCUACCAGGUCGCACUCUUCCUGCCCGUGCAAGGAGGUACCUCCUUCUGCGGAGGGUCCAUCCUCAACCAGGAGUGGAUCCUCACCGCCGCCCACUGCGUCGACGAACUGGUCGGCCCCGUGGAGGUGGUGCUGGGAGCUCACAACAUCAGGACAGUGGAGUCGUCCCAAGUGAGCCUCGUCGGCAGCGAGAUACACAUCCACCCCGAGUGGAACAGGGCGAUCCUCCAGAACGACGUGGCGCUCAUCAAGCUGCCCAAGAAGAUUUCUUACAACGCAUACAUCCAACCAAUCAGGCUGCCAUCCAAGUCUCAGGAAUCAAAAACCUUCGCCAACGACCAAGGCACAGUGAGCGGCUGGGGAAGGCCAUCUGACGCUGUCCAAACAGUCAGCCCAGUGCUUCGCUACGUCACGCAGCCGGUCAUGACCAACCUGCAGUGCAACAUCCGCUACCUCGGCGUCAUAGUGCAGUCUCACGUCUGCCUGUCCGGAGCAGGAGGUCGAGGAACAUGCCAGGGCGACAGCGGCGGUCCCCUGGUGGUCGCCGACACUGACGGCGCCAGGACCCAGGUCGGCAUCGUGUCCUUCGGCCUGGCCCUGGGCUGCGAGAUCGGCUGGCCCGGCGUCUACGCCAGGGUCACCAGCUACCUCACCUGGAUCUCCAGCACCACCGGCAUCGCCAUCAGGAACUAGGGAUCUAUCUCUCUCCGCGACGUCGCCACCGUUCGGGGAAUUGUAGGACCCCCGCAUUCCCGUGUCUGUCGAAAUAAAAUAAUCACGCCUCCGUA